CUGAUAAGUACAAGGAUUCUACCCCUGACGGUGCUAAAAACGCUGACAACACAGCGAAGAACGCUGAGCCGCUGAUUAACCUGGAUGUGAAUAAUCCUGAUUUCAAGGCUGGAGUGAUGGCUUUAGCUAAUCUGCUUCAAAUUCAACGGCAUGAUGAUUACUUGGUAAUGCUUAAGGCAAUUCGCAUUUUGGUUCAGGAGCGCUUGACGCAGGAUGCCAUAGCCAAGGCCAGCCAGUCCAAGGAGGGUUUGCCUGUUGCUUUAGAAAAGCACAUUCUUGGUUUUGACACAGGAGAUGCUGUUCUCAACGAAGCCGCCCAAAUUCUCCGCCUGCUGCAUAUAGAGGAGCUCCGAGAGCUGCAAACAAAAAUUAAUGAAGCUAUCGUGGCAGUUCAGGCCAUUAUUGCUGAUCCCAAGACGGACCACAGACUGGGGAAGGUCGGGAGAUGAGCAGAUCAAAAAGCUUUUAGUCACUUGUGUCCUUAGUACAAUUAGGAACUACGUCCAACCCUGCACAACUCCGGCAUGCAGUUUGACAUGGUAUGAUUUUACUGUUUUGAAAGAAAACAGGAAACUGAGUUCUGACUUCUGAUGAAUUCUGACUUAUUUUUUUUUUUUCUUUCAAUAAAUGAAGUUGGGGAAAAUAGACAA